GUGUGUGUGUGUGUCAGUCAGUGGGCCACACGCUUUAGUGCUGGAUUGAAGUGGGCAGAGCUGAUGGUGGGACACGUUGUGUCGUCCAUUGGGGAUUACUGAGACGGGGGGGAUUUAUUUCCUUAAAACUAUCCAUAUUAAGUCCUCGCUGCACUUUCAUUUGCACACCAUUUGGAAAUAACUGGACCGAAAAGAAGAUUACUUCGUGAAUGUUAUGGCCUUCCGCACAUGAGCUUUGUUGAUUAUUAACGAAAGGACCAUCGCUUUUGAUUAGCAGCACUUGAAGAUCACCAUGGCAGACGAGGAGCUCAUGUUCAGCAUGGAGGAGGUGGACAGUCUGAAAAGACCUUCGGUCAGCAGGUCUGUGUCCUCGGGACGUAACAGCACAGUUGAUGAUGAGGAAGAUGACUUCUACAUCUGUCCCAUCACCGAUGAUCCCAUCAGUCCCACGAAAGGCAUCUGCGAUUACCUCAAAGACCUCGUCCAUCAUAAACAACUCUCUAACUCCUUGCCCAAAAGCUACAAGAACAAAAACGAAACCGACCCAGAGGUGCAUUCGGUCAGGUUUGGUUCUUUAACUGAGAAAGGUCGGGCUGCUUGGAAACAUGCUAUUGAGAAAGCCAGGUCUAUGCCAGACCCCUGGGCUGAGUUUCAUCUCGAAGAUGUUGAGACGGAGCCCUGCAUUCGUUACAGGUACAGUGCCAUUACUGGUGAAUGGGUCCAGGACCAAGUCUUCAUCAAGAUGUCCUCUCAGCCCUUUGGAAAAGGCGCCAUGAGAGAGUGUUUCCGAACAAAGAAGUUGUCAAACUUCUCCCAUAGCAGCAACUGGAAAUCGGCAUCGAACUACGUGGCUAAGCGGUACAUGGAGACCGUGGACCGAGAUGUUUAUUUUGAGGAUGUUAGAUUACAAAUGGAAGCUAAAUUAUGGGGUGAGGAGUAUAAUCGUCACAGGCCGCCAAAGCAGGUUGACAUCAUGCAAAUGUGUGUUGUGGAAAUGACCUCACGCCCAGGUAAACCGCUUUUCCACCUGGAGCACUACAUCGAGGGGCAGUACAUCAAAUACAACUCGAACUCUGGCUUUGUGAGGGACGAUAACAUACGUCUUACGCCUCAGGCUUUCAGUCACUUUACAUUCGAACGUUCGGGACACCAGCUGAUAGUUGUGGACAUUCAGGGUGUUGGAGACCUCUACACAGACCCUCAGAUCCACACAGAGAAGGGCACUGACUUUGGUGAUGGAAAUUUGGGUGUACGAGGCAUGGCCCUGUUCUUCCACUCGCACCUGUGUAACAAGAUUUGUAAGAGUAUGGGCCUCACGCCGUUUGACCUGGCUCCUGCAGAAAGCUCUCAGCUGGACUGCACCAACAAGCUGCUGGAGUCAGCCCAGACCGUACUCCGUGGCUCUGAGGAACACUGCGGCUCUCCCAGGGUCCGCACCACGUCUUUUACCCGCGGCCCCCCUCUCCUGUCUCGACUCUCGGAGACUUCCUCCGUAGACGAGAACAUGAGCGACGCAGACUCCAUUCCCUGUUCGCCCCUGAGCCUGGGUGCCUUUGCAGGACGCUCUCCCUUGGGUUGGCCAGGCGUGCAUGAGACGGAUGAAGCAGAAAGAAACAACUGGAAUCGAAAGGACUCGGAGAGCGGUGGAGACAGCGGUUACCCGAGUGAGAAACGCAGCGAAGGAGACCCAGGAGAACACCAUGAAAGGGCUCGACCUUUCUACAACAGGCAUUGCUCCGAAUCGGAUGAAGACAGUGUCCGUCGGCACAAAGUGGUGGGUAACGCCAGCAAGUUCUCAGUUACUCUAAACCUCCCUGACUCUCAGACGCUGACAGAGGAAAAAUGGAGUUUCUUCCAUUCGUCUCGUGCCCACGUUCAUAGGCCAUCCUGUGUGGCAGUAGAGGUGGAGAGACUGAAUGCGCAGUUUCUUGAAAGGAAAAUCGGCAAAUCUAUUCUGGGCAAGGUACAUCUAGCCAUGGUCCGAUAUCAUGAAGCAGGUCGGUUCUGUGAAAAAGAUGCACCGUGGGACCAGAAUUCUGCCGUGUAUCAUCUGGAGAGGGCUGCUAUGUGUGGCGAGUUGGAGGCUAUCGUAGCACUCGGUCAGUUAUAUCUGCAGCUGCCGCAUCACGUCCUGCCUGAGAUUGAACUGCAGGACAAUGAAGAGAACAGGAAGAAAGGUUUCCACAUGUUGCUUCAGGCAGCUGAGGCUGGAGACAGACCCAGUAUGAUUUUAGUGGCCAGAGCUUUUGACACAGGAGUCAACCUCCCACCUAACAGGACUCAGGACUGGGAGGAAGCGGUGCAGUGGUAUGAGUGUGCGCUCAACAUGACUGAUUAUGAUGAAGGAGGAGAGUUUGAUGGCAUGCAGGAUGAACCCCGCUACCUCCUUCUAGCUCGGGCCGCUGAGAUGUACCAAGAAGGAAGUUUUGGCCUUACUGCAGAUCCUCAGAGAGCAGGCGAUCUCUUCACUGAGGCAGCUGAUGCAGCCAUGGAGGCGAUGAAGGGCAGACUGGCUAAUCAGUACUACAUGAAAGCCGAAGAAGCGUGGUCUGCUAUGGAAGAAUAAAGAAAACCAGUUUUAUCUCUCAGGACUGUUAACGGUGUUCAUUUCUGCGUGAAAUAUGUUUACAUGCUCUUUAACAGCAUCUUUCAGACUGCUGUGCUGUCCGGUUUUAUACGGGGUGUCCUAAAGCAUGCACCACACAAAUGCCUUUGGGGACAUUUGGGUUCUCUCAUAACCUGGUCAGUAGUUCACAGAUGUGAAUGGAACUGAAAUAAAUUUGCAUUUAAAGGUUUUAAGACUACAGGUAAGCAUCGGGACUCUUAGCAAUGGCAGUGACAUCACUUCAUGGUCUAAAAAAUAUCAUAGCUUGUGUAAUGGUGGUGGUAAUAACCGCGAGAAGACGAUGAAUAAGCACUCUAUACAAAUACUGUAUACUCUGCAAACGUGUAUGGAUCAGUUCUUUCGGUUUCUUGUUUUGCAUGCUGGUGUGUUGUGGGUGCCAGAAAAUUUUUUUGCUAAGCACAUGACUAAAUCCAAAUGUCUACAUGUGUACAAUUCUCUUAUUUAUGUUAUUCAGCAUACACAUAUUGGCUGUGUAAUGUGAGUGUGAUUAAUUUAUAUGAUUAAACCCCGAGAAAUAUCAGAAACAAAACGCCCCUCGGAAAGCACUAGUGAAAGCGGAUGGAGAUAAAGUGAGUGAUGUAACUGUCUUUGCUACAAUUGCUGUCUUGUGGUCUGCCUUUCUUGGUAUAAUACCUUUAUUGAUUAAAAAAAAUGGUUUGGUUUUCAUUCUGCUUGUUUUUACCUACCUUCAUGCUGAAGAAAACAAUUGUGAAUUUCGUUUACAAGAGCAAGAACUUGUACAAUAAAAAUACAAGUGCGAACAAGA